AUGGAACGAUCCUCACGAGAACUUUUCCUCAACUUCUUGAUCGUCCUGAUCACUGUGUUGCUGAUGUGGCUCCUUGUGAAGUCUUAUCAGGAGUGA